UAUACUGAGUUCAGGCUUAACAAAUUUAUCAAGGGCUGUGUUAUGUACAGAACAAAACAUUUCCGAGGCAUUCUGACUUUAAAUCUUAGAAAAAAUCAAGUGUAAUGGUGAGUUUCUUGUGCAUAAACCAAGAAUUUUUUAAUAUGAGCAGUGAAAGUUAUUGAUAAUUAACUAAUACUUUUGAGAGUGGCAAGGAAGUUAAAACACAAAUGUAAAUGACAACAAAAUAACGCGAACUGUAGGAAGGCUAGCAACGAGAAUCACGAAUUUUGAAGACAGUGUUAACUAAGAGAACUCGAAUAUGAAGAUCUAAAUAAGGCAGAGGGAUGCAAGAACACUACAACUCAACACCUGGUCACAUUCUGACGUGACGAACAUGAAGAUGGACGUUAAGACAACCAUCGUAGCCUCUCUGCUGCUUCUUUCUGCUCGCAACUCUCACGGCUACUUUGGAGUGUCCAGCAGAAGCAAGGUAGACCGGAGUCUUCUCACAGCCAGCACUCUUACCCUGAACCUCUCCAGCGUAGACCAGCGUACGUGUGAGCGUGUAGGCGUGCGUGGGUGGGGUCGGCGAGAAUGUGGGCGGUCGGAGGAGGUAGCGAAGGUGCUGGUGGAGGCUGCGUGGUUCGGGGCAAGGCAGUGUCAGCAUCUUACCCGCUACGACAGGUGGAACUGCUCUCUCGGCACCACCAGGAGCAGGAUCAUGAGGAAAGUGUUCCCGGAGACAGCGUUCCUGCAGGCGAUGUCUGCAGCCUCUGUGUCGUAUGUGCUGUCUCGCACCUGUGCUCUGGGCCGCCUUACCCACUGUUCUUGUGGCGCCUCCUCCCAGGAUGAAGCCGAGACUCUCAGAGCGUGGAGCUACGGCGGCUGUAGCGAUGAUCUCACUUACGGCAAGAGAUUUGCAGAAAGGAUUUUUUUUGGAGAAAGGCGAAGGCAAUCGAGGCGGAAGAUCGGGUCAGGGGUCAAGCUGACGCCCACGUCGAAGAUCGACCCAAAAUACAGAUCAGCUGAUGACCACCAACCUCCCGAUAGCAGAGACUUCAAAACACAAAUCGACGCUCACAACGCGCGAACUGGAAUCCUGAUGGUGAUGAAGUCGGCACAGCAGAAGUGCAAAUGUCACGGGGCAUCGGGUUCCUGCACCCACAGAACCUGUUGGAUACAGCUUCGUCCCCUCUCUGAGUCCUCCAGAGUCAUCAAGAGCCUUUAUGAUACCGCAGCUCUGGCUAAUACUAGCAACGAAGUGCAGAUUGCAAACAGGUCAGGCAGUAGGGAGAAGCGAAGGUUUUACCGAGCUGCAUUCAAGGAUACAGUCAUUGAGGGCUUCAACAGUUCCCCACAAGAAUACACUCUCUCGACAACGAAGAUACCUGACGAAGGAGCCUGGGUGGAAAGCAGGGUGGUGAAAACGAGAGAAAAUGUAUCAUCAGAUCUUUAUAGAAACGUAAACGCUCUCGCUCGCAGACCUUCGAAAAGAAAACAGGGAAAGAGAAGAAUUUUCCGAGAGAAAAAAACGCCUGUCAGGUCAUCAUUUGGUAACCCAACAGAGUUAAUCUACCUGGACAAUCCACCCAACUUCUGUCGCAAGAACAAGUAUGGACCAGGGACUCGAGGUCGAUACUGUGAAAAGAGAAGAAACUGUGACGUCCUGUGUUGUGGUAGGGGAUACGACACCUUGGUAACCGUCUUGAAGGAGCCGUGUAGGUGCCGGGUAGUCUGGUGCUGUGACGUCCACUGCCAAAACUGUUCUCGUAAAGUCGAGCUCUUCAUCUGUAAAUAAAUACAAUGACAAAAAGAGGAAAUUGCGAGACGUGAAUAGUGUCAAUUUGAUCCAGAUACACAGUAAAUCCUUACAAUGACACGACGUAGACAGUCAUUACUGCAUAACAACGGUACUUGCUUCAUUCAGACAUAGGUCACUGCAAAGACAAUUGUAGCAGGGAAGAUCUUCACUAGACGACCUUUUGCUUACUUUUGAGCAAAAUGUUGCCCAACAAAGAUUUGCUCUGUUGUCUUAUUACCCUACUUGUAGGCAUUUCGCCUUCCAGGUCUCUAGGACACUGCUGCUGUGGAUACCAGUAUGAAGCUAGAUUCACGUCUAUUGAUUACACUAGGAUUAUGUCCACCAAGAUAUUAAUGUAAAGUAUAUAUUGAAAAUGGCAUCAAAUACGACAAGUUGAAGAUUAAGACAUGUUGGGUAUCAUUAUUGUUAAAAAGUUUCGUUUACACAGUAGGCUUCUUCAGUCAAAGACAGAGGCAGCAGCUGUAGUAGUGAAAUAAAGAUGUAAUCAGUCCAUUAACCUUGUAGAAAAAGUAUUUGAGAUGGUCAGUCCCUUGGCCUGCAGAAAAGUUCAUCUCUAUGGUCUGAGGGACUGACCAUGGAUCUGGAUUCUUCUCCAGGCUGAGAGACUGACGAUCUCAAAUACUUUUUCUCCAAAGUUGGUGGACUGAUUACAUCAUCUUUAUUACACCACUACACCUGCUGCCUCUAUAUUUGACUGAAGAAGUCUACUGUGUAGGCGUAACAACGUUUCAACAAUAAAGAUACCCAACUGUUACACAUGUGUCUUAAUCUUUAACAUAAAGUAGUCUUUAACCUAUAUGAGCAAUUAAA